AUGCAUAGCCCAGCCCUUUUAGAGCCACUCCUUAAUGAAGAGCGAGAUUAUUCAAAGCUAAUUAAGCUCCAAAAUCAGAUAGUUACGCUUCCAUCUCAAGCAAAUCAAGAAAAUAAGACAGAACUUGGGUAUUCAUCGCUAAAGCAAGCCAUUAUAGACAUUUCGGUUCAGUUUCAGAAAAAGCUGCCUCUUUCUAUUAAUCUUCCUUUCACUAUCCAAGAAAUAAUACCUCUUUUAGAUGGAAUCCAUUAUUUAGCAUCUACCAAAGAAGGCACAAUUCUUUACUUGAACCCCUCAGCUCAAACUUUUGAUGACAAAAAAAUCUCAGCUGGUGCAUUUCCAUUAGUGUUUCUAGAAAGUGAAAAUAUUGCAUACUUUUCUAGGGGAAAUGAAUUACUAACUAUUAAAAUCCCUUCACUCGAAAUAAUAAAAUUCUUGUCUUUUAAGGAAGGGAAGCAUAUACAUUUAAACGGUGCGGCGAACCGAUUCGACCUCUUAAGGACUGGAAUCUUGAGGAAGAGAGGAGGUGCCUGAUGUGCGGAUUAGCUAGAUUUUACGAGCACAAGUAGGCUGCGAUGCUGAGCUGAUCACCUCAAGUUCAAUCCUGGCUUUUUUUGUUCAUGGGAAAACGGAGCGCGAUGCUGUAAAAGGUUCAUCAAGAUGGACCUUCGUAUGGAUAAGUUGAAUGAAUAUUAAUAAAUAAGGGAAGCAUCUGAUUAGCUUAAAAAAGUAUUUUGACCAAAACACCUUAUUACUCCAUUUUAUGGAUGAAAUUUUAUUAUUAAAUUUAUCUGAUCCCAAUCAGACUAAAUCAUUAUUCAUAGGAGAAUUUUCGAAUUUUUCUAUAUCAAGCAAAGAUCAAAUUGCUCUUAUUUCUUCAAGAGGCCAGUUAAUAGCUCUAUCGAGCGAUAAUGAGAAGAUUGGUGAAGCAUCAAUCGACAUAGAAAGCUUAAAACUUGAGUAUUCUCCUAAAGGUACCAUGAUUCUAGUUGGUUAUGAGUCUAAAAUACUCAUUUUCAAGGCUAGUAAUUUAGAAAAAAUUCAAAUCAUUAAUCUUACUCAAAACAAAUCGGGAACUUUCACUAUUACUAAUAACGAAAAUUAUAUCUUAUUUCCAGACAGGGAAAAUUUGCAGUUCUACGACUUACAAAGCUUUCAAAUUACGGAAACAAUAAAUAUACUGAAUUUGAAGAGUUUGACAGCCUUGGGGCCAUCAGGAUCAAGAAGGUGUUGAUUUUAAAAAUAUGAAAAUACAAAUUGAAGGAAAAUUUGUUUAAUUUAGGCAAAAGCUCUGCUUAGAUUGAAUGCCAAAACUUUCAAAAGUAUUAUAUUAUUUUAGUCUGACGAGGACAUUUUUUUAGCUAAUUAAAUGACAUUUUAAUUUUUUGAAAGGGAUAUCUAACUAAAUAGCGAAUUUACACAUAAUCGAUUCUAUCAUAGCAGUUAAAACAGAUUUAAUUUUGCCUGAGACCUAUUAGAGAGAUACUGAAAUAAAUGUUCCAAGUUUUCCUUUUUUCCCCAGUCCAAUUGCUGAAAUGUGGCAACCUGAAGAUAGACUGGUAGAAUGUAUGAAAACUUCUUUGUUUAUCCAAAGAAUGCAACGCAAGAUUGAAAGGAUUUUGGAAAUGGAUUUUUUACGAACAUGAAGAAAACUCUCAAAUAAAUUAUAAGAUGAAUUGACUAGAAAAACAAAUAAAGAAAUAAAGCAUGAAAAUGUUGAUGCUGAUGCCAAAAGAAUUAUCAAAAAAUAAUUAAGAGAGGUCAAAAUUCAAAGUUGGUGUGAGAGAUAAAGUAAGAAAAGAAAGAAUUUUUGAUGGAAGAAGUUCUUAAAAGAGUUAAAAAAAUUUAAUAAAAAAAUUAAAUCAUUUAAUAGAAUAGGAUUCUAAUUUUAUAAUUAAAUGGAGAGUCACAUCGCUGAAUUAAUCUUUUCGAAAUAUAUUUGAUAAAACAAAAUGCAUUUUUGUCCUUGGUAAAAUGUGGUAGAUGAAAAAGUUCUAGUCAGACCAAAAUAAUGCUUUGAAAUUAGCCAUUCGAUCCAAGGAAGGUCUUUUGCCUAAAUCAAACAAAUUUUCCUUCAAUUGCAUUUGUUAAUUUUUAAAAAUUAACAUCUUCUUCGUUAAGCUGAUGGCUCCAAAGGCGUCGAACUCUUCAGAUUCAGUAUAUUGACGAUUUUCCAAUAUUAUUCAUUGGUCUCAGCAUAAAUAACAAGCAUAUAUAUGUAAGCGGAUCCAAUAGCAAAUUUUACACACUGUCUUUUCCUAUCUUUGACUUCCAGAAAGCCAUCGAAGCAGAGCGUGCUGAGCCUUUAGACGAAUCUACAGUCUUAAUUCGAAAUGGUGAGCAUUUUCAGACAUGAAAUUUCAUAACCGAUGAAAUCACUGAUGUUGUCACGAUGAAAGUAGACUAUUUCGACGUCCAAAAUAAUGAAAAUUUCUUUGUUAAAUCAGGGGAAACAAUGUCAAAAGUCCAUAUCCCAACCAAAAGCAUUUCUACAGUGUUUUUAGAUAAAAAUUUAUAUGAACCCAUGUAUGACUGAUGCUUCAGCCCUGAUGGGAAAUUUAUUGUGACUGGCAGCGCAAAAAGGCUGUUUUUAUGGGAUUUAGAAUCCAUGACUAUAAUAAAAGAAUUUAAAGGCCACGAUUCUAUGACGAGAAAUAUAUGCUACUUAUCAAAAUCAAACGCAUUGGCAGGGAUCGCUGAAAAUAAAACUCCAAGAAUUUGGGACUUGGACACCACAAAAGAAAUAGCAGUUAUUUAUGAAAAUGAUGAAACUUAUACGAUGAAAGUAACUCAUAAUGAAGAAAUUAUCAUAAUAAUCACUAUGAAUGGCUCAAUAAAUUUCUGGGACUGAAGAAAGAGCAUCAAGCUUCACUCUUUAAAAAGUAGUACUCCAGCUAUAGGGCGAGUUGUUAUAACAAAAGAUGAUAAGUUCAUGAUAGGCUACUCUAGUGACGGAAGAGUUCUAUUUAUUAGCCUGGAGAUGUUUAACCAAUUAUUUUCAUAUAAAUAUGAGGCAAUGUAUAACAUGAAUUUAUGUGGUGAUGGAAAUUACAUUUUUUUCAGAGCCAAGGUUAAAAAAGAGCAUUUCGGAGAAAUUUCUGAAAAAUGCAUGGCAGUGGUUAGAGAAAAUCCGCUAAAGAUGAGGAAUAUCACUUGUGCUGGUCCUGGAAAUAAAUAUGAGUAUAUGAAAUAUAUAUCAAAACUUCUAAACAAUCAAGAGGUUGAGUAUAAUCCAGAGAUGGACAACUGAACUAUUUUCCCAUAUAGGAUUAACACUUUCCAUCUGUACGCUUAUUUUAAUCGCCCAAAUCACUUAAAAUUGGCUUUAAAGAAUGGCUCUUCAAUGAUAAAUACCGUUCUUAAUCAAAAUCCACUAUGCAUCGCUAUCAGAAAAGGAUACUCCAAUUGCAUCAGCACUAUUAUUUUCGCGCUUGACAAGUACUUGCCAAUUCAUCCUUAUUCAUUAAAAAGUUUAAGCAAUGAAACCUUAGUUAGGCUAAAUUCAUCAAGCUGCAGCUCUUUAUUGAAAUUUUAUGAUGCAAUAUUCAGGAAAGACACAAGCGAGCACGCUGCCAAAUUCUGCAGCAGCUCAGCAGAAAUUCCAAUUCAUUUCUUAUCAGACAAUAUUUUCAUUGAAAAUUCUAAUUUUCUUGACAGCAAGAAUCUAAAAGAGCAAGAAAGGCCAAUAACGUUUUUGUCUUCUUAUGUCAGGCUGGAUUUAACAGUAGGCUCCCAAGCAUCGAUUGAUUUUUUGUUCAGCAUUUACGACUCUCCGAAUCCCAAUAUAAUGAUGACGCCAUUAAUUCAAGAAAUAAUUCAGUAUUAA